AGCCGGUGAAGCGACAAGCAUGACUGACGGCCAGAGGCAGGAGAGGAACUCCCUCGGCAAUUCCUCCCUCCCUUUGGGGAGACGUGGAGGAGGCGGGCUGGUUUGAACGGCAGGCGGCGGCCGCUGCGAAAACAAGCAGUCGGGCGGGCGCAGUAAGACGAGGGUCGGACCGCCAGCGCCGCCUGCCCGAGGUGAAGACUCUCGAGCAGGCGGGCAGUUUUCCCCGCCCGUCUUCAGCUUCUUGCACUCUUAACUCGUUCCCAACGGCGGCUGCGGGAAUGGAGGAGCCCACAGGAGGUUAGCACGAGCCGCCGGCGCUGCCCGCGGGCUUCCCCCGUCUUGCUCGUUUCCUUCCUUCCCAUGGCCUUCAUGAUGAUGAAGAAAAAGAAAUUCAAAUUCCGCGUGGAGCUGGAACUGGACGAGCUGUCCUCGGUGCCCUUCGUCAACGGGAUCCUCUUCUGCAAGGUGCGGCUGCUGGACGGCGGCAGCUUCAGCGGGGAGUCCUCCCGGGAAGUAGUACAAGCAAACUGUGUUCACUGGAAGAAGAGAUUUCUAUUCAUGUGCAAAAUGAGUGCAAGUGCCACUUCAGGGAUUCUGGAUCCCUGCAUCUGCAGAGUGUCUGUACGGAAGGAACUAAAAGGCGGGAAGGCUUAUGCAAAGCUGGGUUUUGCAGACCUCAACCUGGCAGAGUUUGCCGGAUCAGGAAAUACCACUCGUCGCUGUUUACUGGAAGGUUAUGAUACCAAAAAUACAAGGCAGGAUAAUUCAAUUCUCAAAAUAUUGAUCAGCAUGCAGCUAAUGUCUGGAGACCCAUGUUUUAAAACGCCUCCAUCCACAGCCAUGUCUAUAUCAGUUGCUGGAGAACCAGAAUCCCUACAAGAAGACAGGAAAGGGGGAGAGAACGUAAAAGCAUCACAUCUGAAUUUAUCAGAAUUUGGAACAAAAAGCACUUCUGUCCCUGAUGAGCUUGGAGCAUGUGGACAUUCUAGGACAUCCAGCUAUGCAAGCCAGCAGUCAAAAGUGUCAGGUUAUAGCACUUGCCAUUCUAGAUCAUCCAGCAUAUCUGAUCUCUGCCAUAAGAGAAAUACCUCUGCAGGAAGUACAUCAACGGGUAUAGGAAGUAUUCUAGAACCAUGUGAGGAGAUUGAGUCCAAAAAAAAUGAGGAAGAUGCAGCCUCAGAAAAAUUGAACAGACAUCCAAUAAAACAGGAUUCUGUAGAGUCGCAGCUGAAGAGGGUUGAUGCUACCAGAGUUGAUGCAGAUGAUGUUGUUGAAAAAAUACUGCAGAGUCAAGAUUUCAGUUUGGACUCAAGCGCAGAAGAGGAAGGGCUAAGACUCUUUGUGGGUCCUGGAGGAAGUACUGCCUUUGGAAGCCAUCACUUACCUAAUAGGGUGGGAUCUGGAGCAUAUGAACAAGUAGUGAUUAAACGUUAGAAGAACUGGACUAAAAUUACACAGUAAUUCUUGGAGUUGCAAAAUUUGCUGAAUUCCUAAUACUGUCCUAGAUGUGCUCCUCUGAAGUGCCGGUUUGUAGUGACCUGGAUUGUCAGUUUGAGUUUGUCAUAUGGAAAAUGCCCUCUUCUGUAUCUGCAGUGGCAGUUUUAAUCUUCUUCAGAUACUUUGUGACCCAGCAUGAGGAUUACUGAUGUUGGUGGAUUUAUUGCAUUGUUCUAUAAGUGUUAAAUCAAAGUUCCCUUUUUGAAAAACAUGGCAAAUGGUAUCUAAUUGAACAUAGUAUGUUGCAAUUACUUGUUUUGUAUGGAAAUGCAUUCAACAACAUGCUCUGUUUGCUACUUGGCUCCUACAUCAUCUAUUUCAGCCUUUUUUUUCUUAGCAAUAAUUUUACCUUUCUUAGUAUUGGCUGAUGAUGUCUGUCAGAACAGAAAUAAUAUAAAAUGGGAACUGCUCCGUUCAAAAAAACCCUGCACCCAGCAAACCUUUUAGGAAAUAAGAUUACAAAUGAGAAUAACUUUAAGACCAAAUUGCAUGGGAGACAGACUAGUCUAUGGUUUUAAAAUAAGAUAUAUGCAUGCACUGAUUGCUGGUUUCAGUAAAGCAUUCAGUGCCAAUGAGGAGACUUUGUGCCCCAAAAUUAUUUUUUUGAAUUUGUAAGCUUACACUGACAGAUACUUGGCCCGAACCAUACGACAUCUUUAAAAGUUCAUUAAGAACAUUGAUCUCAUGAGAUACUUGUAGUGAGCAUAUGGGAGUAUGUAGUAGUAUGAAGUUUAGCUCACAGAGUAUUAAGAACUGUUUAACAAUUGAAAGAGUGCCUUGUUCCUGAGGGAGGGCAAAAAGGACAGAGUACUGAACUAUCUUUUUAUGAAGAUUUAGGAACUACAAGCGAAUGGCUAACUAAAAACUACUUCCACUUGUCAAGUAAAGCACUUUAUGCAGCAAUUUUCUUCAUCCAGUUUGCAAAUCGAAACUGUCCAUUGGUUAGAGGAUUGCUGACUUGAGCCCAGUAUAAAUGAGGUACAGCCACAGCCAUAUAAGUUUCUUGUGAAGUUUCUCCUUACACUUUCCAUCACAUUUCAAAGGUGCUUGCUUUGUUUAGGGCUGUACAUGUGCACUGAUGUUUAUCACAGCCUUCAAUGCUUGCUGUACAUUUACAGGCCAGCACAUGGAGCAAGUCCCCUCUGAAAUGGGUGGGAAAGCUUUGCUGCUUACUGUUGGGUCACACUGAAAAAGGAGUUCAUUUAGGUCUCGUUUUACUGAGCUGUUCUUAAGCAGCCUUAGAUUUCAGUGGAACGUUUGCUGUGAAAGCUCCUGGUGGAUUUGUGACCAGUAUGUAAAGAUUUGCACAAAUGAAAUAGUGCAGUGUAUUUCUGCAUCUAUUUAGAAUUUAGAUUUUUUUUCUCCCAACAAAUUUAUUUCCUGACAGCUUUAGCACUGCAUAUUAUUUUUGUGAAGGGAUUGGCAAGGCAAAAGACUGUCAAAUCAGUUAUCAACUGUUAAUAAUUUGCCUUUGAUGUCAUAUCAGUUGGUUAUUGAAAUCAAUCAAUAUGUUUCAAGUUUGGGUUAUAGAACUUAAACUGUGUAUAUUUUUACUUACAGUGGAUACGGAACAUCUGAUGUUUUUACUGAUUUUCUAAAAUCAGUCAAUGUUCUAUUUUUUUUGAAGAUAUAAUGGAAGUAUUAAGUUAAAUAAAGAAAAAUGUUUUAUGUUUGUGACAUAAAUGUUUUAUAACUGUAGUGCAUAUUGAUAAGCUCAUUUUAUUUAAAUCAUACUUGUUAACUAUAAAAUCAGAAGCAUUUAUUAAUUAUGGUACCCACUAAUAACAUACAGCUUUCUGUGUUUUAUUAAGUUUGAAAUGUUCUGAGUUUCAGUAGAAAAUAUUUCAUUUUUUAGAUUCUGUUAAAAUAACGUUGGAGGAAUGCACAAUUUUGAAAUGUAAAUUGUUCUGGGAAAAAUUGAGCUUGCCAUCAGUGUGUUUAACUUUUUUAAAAAAAUCAGUAAGGCUAGUGUUUGAAUUUAUUGAGCAAUGCUGGUUUUUGAAAAGUCAAUACUAGAUAACUGAUUUAAGGAGACAAGUUGACAUGAGUGGGGAAAACCGUAAACUGAUUUAAGGUCACUUUACUUGAUAUAAGGAAUUGUCAUGUUACUGUAGAAGCAAAGAGUCUGUAAUCUGCAGGGUUUUAUUACAGUCAGCUAGAUGUUCUGUUAUUUAUGGAUUGUGCAUUCAAAUGCAAUGUUGGUCAUUUCCUGUGACAAUCCACACACAGCCAGAUAUUCGAGCUUGUAGGAAGACAACUGCUGUUUUGUACACAUCACGUAGUUAUUAAAUUUUUAUAAAGUCCACAUUGAAGUUCAAAUAGCUAGUGAAAUGUUUGAAUAGUUAUCAUGCACUUCUGUCAACUGAACUAUUUUCAUGAAGUGAUUCCAUUUGUGUUUCUCUACGACAUGGAAAAUGACCUUCAUAUAUGUAUAUGGCAUUUCUUUUAUGUAAACUGUACAGGAAUAUGCAAAACUGCUAAUCCUUUAAGUUCAUUUUUUUACCAUAGUAUCCCUGAUAUAAAAGAAAUGGUCUUUAAAAUUCAAUAAAAAGGUUUAACCUGCUA